UUUAUCUAUACUUGCCAACUGCUGUUGCCGAUGACUUGAAAGAAACUGCUGUCAAAACUGCUGUUGCUGUCCGGCACGAACUUUUCUAAAUCAACUGCUUGAAAGGGCCUCACUACCCGGCACACGGCGUGUGGGGAAAGGCUACGAUGAACGUUCGCCAUUGUCUGCGAGCUAGAUUCUGUAAAUAGAGAAAGUUUGAUGGAAUGUGCGUCGGUGAGAUUAUGACCGCCAAGCGCAUGCCUCUGCCUGUCUGUGUUUCAGAGUUGCAGCUUCGUGCAAGCCACGCAAGCCAUGUCUCCGCGGGGCCCUCAGCCUUUGCCUCUGCCGCCACCGCCGGUGUACCUGAAACCGUGGCGGCCGCGGGUCCCGGUCACCAGGCCGCUGCAGUACCUCAAGGUGGACGCGCUCAAGUCGCAGGUGAAUGCUUCCCUCGACGCGCGGGUGGCGCCCUUCGUGGCGCAGACCAGCGCGCCGACCGUGGAGCGCUCCAAGGCCCAGGUCGCGAACGCCUCCGUCCUGAGCGCGAUGAAGGACGCCCUCCGCCAGGUGAUGGCCGACGUGGUGCAGAACGCCAUGCCCCUCGUAGAGCAAGUCAUUGACCAGGCCAGCGUGGAAGCGGGCAAGUACCUGGCGGAGGACGACGCCAAGUUAACUGCCGAACAGUCUCUAUCGUUCGUCGAGACCUCGUUCCGGCCCAAGGUGAUGUCCGUGCUGGACGCGGCGGUGGCCUCGCCGAAGACCAACCAGCUGGUGCAGUCGUCCAUCGAGAAGGCCGUGGAGGACGCGCUGACGGACACUCAGUCCGAGGUGGUGUCCACCCUGUCGCACUGGGCGCUGCACCGCACCGUCGAGACCAUGCUGCUGACGGAGGUCUUCCCCGCCAUGACGCGCACGGUCCUGGACACCUUCAUUCAGCGCGCCCAGAAGCUGGUUCGCGUCGGCGGUCUAGUCCCCGCCGGGACGACGGAUUCUCGCACCGUGACGCGUGUCACCGCGUUGGAGGUGGCGGCGGAGACCAUGCAGCGCUGUCUGCGCCUAGGGCCUCCGCCUGUGCCCGUGCCCGUGCCCGUCGUGCCGCCGCCCACGCCGUCCACGCCCCUGUCCUCGCUCGCGGCCUUGCCGGCCUUGCCCGCGGCGUCGUCGCCGGCGCCGCUGCUGCCCAGCACGGUGCCACAGCAGGCCAAGAAGAUAGCCAUACCUAUCCGGGCUCCACCGCCCCCCUUCCCCUUCACUCGUUCGAGGCCAGGCGUGUUGCGGCCACAGUGUAGGCCCAAGCCGCAGCUGGACGCGCUGCCGGACGACGUGCUGCUGGAGGUGCUGCGGUGCGUCGAGCCCACCGAGAUCCUGCAGUGCGCGCUCGUCAACCGGCGCUGGUUCAGGCUGAGUCGCAGCGACGCGCUGUGGCGCCGCAAAGAGAUCAGGUACGACCCCUCCUCGCGGGCGGCGUUCGCGGCCGUGCUGCGCUGCGCCCCCGCGCUGCGCAUGGUGGACUGCGAGGCCAUGACGGCCACGGCGGGCUGCGGCGAGCACGCCUCGUCCUCGUCGCCCGGCUCCAUGUCGGACCACGACCUGUUGCGACUGCUGCACUCGCCCUGCCGCAUCAACGGCCUGCGCCUGCCCGCCGCGCUGGCCAGCGCGCCCUCCCUGGUCGUCUCCGUGCUGGAGAAGCACAAGGACACCCUGGCGCAGCUGCACCUGGUGUCCAAGCCCGGCCAGGGCGACCCCUGCGACCUGAGCGCGCUGCUCCACGCCGUGGACCACCUGCCGCACCUCUGGAAGCUCACCCUCGCGGGGCCCUUCAACCUGGAGUACACCUUCGGGCCGAGGAUGAUGGGGGCGCCGAGGCGGAAGCUACUGAGCUUGGACCUGUCGCAGUACUCGUCCACGUCGCCGCACACGGCCUGCAGCCUCAUCGACGCGUACUCGGUCACGCUGUGCUCCGUGGCGCUGCCGCCGAGCGCCGGCGCCAAGGAGCUCGGGUGCCUGAAGGCGUGCUUGAAGCUGAGCAGCCUGACGGCGGCCGCGGACGUGCUGUCGCAGCUGAGCGUGCUGCCGCCGGUCUCCAGCCUCACCGUGACGGCGCCGCGGCGCAGUCCCCUCGUAGGAUUCGGCUUCGGGUGCCUCCCGGAGAAGGCCGCUGCCGCCGGCAAGCUGCUGCACCUGACGCUGGACGGCGUGCCCGUGGCCUGCGACAUCCCCGUCGUGGUGCGCCAGGCCAUCGGCUCCGUCAGCAUCCUGACCCUGAGGCGCGUCGACAUGGAGGGCCACGUUCGCUUCGUGGGCCAGAUGCCCAGCCUGGAGCACAUCGUGUUCGACGGGGUGGAGGACCUGUCCGACAAGCACCUGCGCCAGCUCGCCGAGUCCAAGCCCCACCUCAGGAGCCUCUACGUGCUGCGGUCGCUGCGCUGCUCCGAAGACGUCUGCUGGGCGCCCGUCGCUCGCUACAUGGAGGCCGCCUGGCCCCGGGCAGACAUCCACCUCGACCUGCAGUGCAGCUGCAAGACGCAGUGAUGGCGCGGGGGCCCGCUGGUUGAGACAAGACUCAUUUUCAAGAAUUUGCCUCGUGCAAAGUCAAUGUCAAUGUGUCAUUAUGAUUUAAGUUAGAAAUGUGUGAUGAUGUUUUUAAAUAAUAUCCCUAUCUUUGUUAAGGCGUCCCUGUUAUGACGCCUUUAAAUUAAGUUUAAGUUAGGUAGCGUCAAAUAUCAGAGUAUUCUUUUAUAAUUACUCUUGCAUCCCUCAAUAAAUAUUUUUGUACUUUCA